ACCGGACUUGCGAGCUGUCAAUCAUAUGGCAGCACUUCCUGCCGCCAGGGUUGCGAUUGCGUCUGUUCCCGUAAUUCACUGAUUUGAGACUUCGUCUUCUUAGUGUCUUCUCAGACCUUCUUUAUGCCCGCCGUUUAAUGUAUUGUUUGAUGCAGGUCAACAUGUUGGGAAAAGGCACAAAACGUAAAUUUCCUGAAGAACAAGUUGUGGAUGCCUGCCUUGAUUCUGUUGGUAGCAAUCUUAGUUUGCCAUAUAACUUGCAACGCCAGUCGCUUCUAAACAUCUCAUUGUUCAAACUUCAGCUCUGUAAGAUGGUGGUGGAACCAAACCUUUGUCGCUCAGUGCUUAUAGCCAACACCGUGCGACAGAUUCAGGAGGAAAUGAUACAAGACUGCAGCUGGCAAGGACAAACGGCUUUCACAGGAAGCGAUCUGUACAUAGGUCAAACUUCCUCAGAUAGUCUUAUUGCCACAGAUUUCUUAUGUACUCCAACCAAAGAGCUACAUGUAGAAAGUUCCACCGCUUCCACCAGUAAUACAAGCACUCUUACUAAAACCAAGGUAAACUGCCUAUCUUGUGAGAAUAUUACUUGUUCUUCAGCUGCUGCUUCUGCUAAAGACACCAGUACUGUAACACCAGACCAAGAUCUGGUCCAAGCACAUUUUGAAAAUGAUCUGAAUAUGUUGGAAUCUGAGGAGCAGCAAGUGGAUCUGAAGCAGUGUCCAAAGCCCUUGGAUCAAGUAUUCGGGAGUUUUGAGAUUGCAAAUUACUCCAGUUCUCUCACAGAUAUGACAAUAGAUGAUCUGUUUGCUGAUAUUGACACUUCUUGGCAUGAGCUUGACUCAGUAAUGUCUGGGUUGAUGACUAGUCCAAAAACGACACCAGUCAUAUUUGAAUUACUAAACGGUUUGCCAACACCCAUAAAUUCUACCCCAAACUGCAAAACAGACUUAAAUGAGCUUGAUCACAUCAUGGAGAUUAUUGUUGGGUCCCUGGAGCGACGAGACUGGAAGCUCAGAGCUUCUGUGGAGCGCAGCCUGUGUGGAAAUAUAACGGAGGCUUUGAAGACAACCGGCAAUGUAGAUCCAAAAUGCAUUCGGGCGAAUGUCUCAGAGAGACUGCUUUCCCAUGAAAAUAAAGAAAAUCUCUCAAGAAUCUGUUUCCCUGCUCUGUACUCCGCUGGUCGACAGAAGGAAGUUGCAAAAGUCUCCUCUGUAUUAAGAUUAUACUAUCCUACAGGUGGAUAUGGGGUAAAAAUGAUUCCAGACUUAUCACAAGACCAACUGAUGCGAUUGAACCUAAGAAGAUUCAUGUUGGCUAAAGGACUGAAGCGAAAGUUUAGUGAAUACGAAGAAAAUAUGGCUGGUGUUCCUGGUGCCUUUGAUUCUAAUCCAGGGCUGCCCUACACUUUGCAGAGACAGUUAGUACUUAAUAUGUGCCUCAUCAAAUUGCAAAGCUGUAGGAUGCUGGUGGAACCAAACUUGCAUCGUUCUGUUCUCAUAGCAAAUACUGUACGGCAGAUCCAGGAGGAAAUGAGGCAAGAAAGCAGUCAUGAAGGAUCUAAUAUUUGCAAUGGAACAAAUCCAAUUCCAGACACAUACACAGCAUCUCAGGCAGGUAUUGAAUUAACUGGAACACAAUCAUCUGUUCAAAAUAACUCUCUCGAUUUGAAUAGUUCUUCAGAUUUUUCAGAAAGUCAGAUUGAGAAUUCUUUAGUGGUGGUUUCAGAUGAUGACAUGUCAUCUGCAAUUUCAUCAAUCCUCAAAGACUUGGAUUUUAUGGAGGAUAUUAGCCCAUCUCCUUGUCCAACAUCUGCAGGCGAGGGUGAUAUAAAUACAGAAAUAUCUUUGGGAGACAGACCGCAAGAAACUAAGCCUGCAGAAACUGUGUUUGGCUCUUUUGAAAUCACAAAUUCAACGAGUUACCUAACAGACCUUGCUUUUGAUGACAUAUUUGAAGACAUUGACACAUCAAUGUAUGACUCAGAUCUGUGCUUACUUCCAUUGACACCUGCUAGAGCGCCACCAGCUAUUGUGGAUGAUGUUUCAAAACCAUUUCAGUUAUGCAACUCUACAUCUGUGAAUGCCAUUCAGAUCUGCAGAGUAGAUUUGAGUGACCUGGACCAUAUCAUGGAGAUUCUUGUAGGAUCCUAAUUCAUCACUGGGUGCUUCAGAGUUUUGGAUGCUUGUCUUCCUAAUUAUUUGAAACAACUUUAUCUGUACCAUUAGUGAUGGGAAUAGCCACUGUAUAGCAAGCUGUAUUCAAUCCUAUAAAUUUUGGAAGAGUUUAAACAGUAUAAUUUUCAACUUUUUACACAUUUCAAAAAGUUGUAUACAAAAGACUACAGAAAACAAGCAGAUAAUUAGCAUGUGAAUCAUGGCAAGUGAAGUCUUUGCUAGUGAUGACAACUCCAGGCUUGAAAUCCAGAAAUGUGACUGUAACCACUUAGGUUAUUUUUUUAUGGGAUAAAAUUGUUUUUAAGAAAUUACUGGACUGCUGCAGCACACUGAACAUUAACUUAAUCAACUAAACCUUUAAUAGAGACUAAACAGUAUUUUGUGUUUCUGUACAUCUUUUGAUAGUUACGGUUUUUCAGCAUCCAGAUAUAAAGUGUGGGAGGAACUAAUUUUCUGAAGGACAUUUUGAUGAGCGGUUUUAUUCUAUUGAUGAAGCACAUGGUGUGUUUUCUUUCCUUGCAGAAUGUUUUUAUAUGGUAUUCUUGCACCAACAAAGACACCUUUAUCAAAAGGUUACAAGAAUGUUUUAUAUUACAUUUAAACUAUUUAUUUUUUUAGAAUUUUGUACUCUAAAUCUCUAUGUUUGUUGUUUGUCUUGUUUGGUCUUUAGUUCCAGUCUGACAGGCUUUGCUGUUGGAUUUGACUUACACUACCUCUCCCAAGAUCUAACAAUAAAGCUUUGUCUUUUUUUUUAAA